AAAGAAAUAGGACCAAUGUCUCCAGAUAAACAGACAUGGUGGUAUGUUGACCUUGAGAACGUACUCAGCAUCUACAGCAUCAGAAUACAGUUCAAAGACUAUGGAGAACAAUAUGGUAUUGUCAUGAGACAAAGAGGGCGUUUUGCUGGUUUUUCACUCUAUGUGUCAAAUACAACUGUAAAGGAGGAUGGGUAUCUAUGUUAUAAGAACGGACAGGAGUUACCGACCUUGGAUUUCAAUACAACUUGCGUCAAACAUGGACGUUACGUUAUAUUUUACAAUGAAAGACUUGACGGAACAGAAAUAGUUUACACUGAAUUGUGUGAAGUAACCGUGACAGGUUGUAAAGAAUUCGGUGUGUAUGGACAUGACUGUAAUCUACCAUGUCCAAACAACUGUCAGGAAUUGAGAUGUGACAUUGUCAACGGAACAUGUUUGGGUUGUACUGCAGGAUGGGUGGGAGAGUUUUGUAACAAAUCAUGUCCAGCUGGAUAUUACGGUCUAUGGUGUAGAUCUAAGUGUACUGGACACUGCAGAGACAACCUGUCCUGUAAUCGCACCACUGGACAAUGUGACUAUGGCUGUGGUAAUGGAUGGACAGGGAUACAUUGUAACACAGAGUGUCCUGCAGAAUCAUACGGCCCUGAUUGUAUGUAUAACUGUAGUGGACAGUGUCUGAGUUACCUCCCCUGUAACAGGACAACAGGAAUAUGUGACGAAGGCUGUAAUCCAGGAUAUACCGGGGAACUCUGUGACAAAGAGUGUCCAGCAGAAUCAUACGGCCCUGAUUGUGUGUAUAACUGUAGUGGACAGUGUCUGAGUUACCUCCCCUGUAACAGGAUAACAGGAAGGUGUGACAGUGGCUGUAAUCUAGGAUAUGCCGGGGAACUCUGCGAUAAAGUAUGUUCAGAUGGCCGGUACGGAUUGAAUUGUUCAGAAAAGUGCAGUCUCCAUUGCCGAUCUGAAAGUAAUCAUUGUAACCAUAGAGACGGACAUUGUGAACAUGGAUGUGACGAUGGAUUCCAAGGAAGUAAAUGUGAAGAAAUUUGUGAUGAUGGCUGGUAUGGAGAAAACUGUUCUACACGAUGUAAGGAGAACUGUGUCAAUCAGUCAUGUGACCAUAUCACAGGCAGCUGUACAUACGGAUGUAAACCGGGAUGGAGGACUUCCAACUGCGAACAGAAAUUUUCGGGGUCAGGAGGUUCUGCUGCACAGUCCGAUACGACAGAUUCUGGAGCAGUAACAGGAGCUGUGGGAGGGGCGGUGGGUGCCAUGUGUCUUACUGUCGUCCUCAUCACAGGCAUACUGUUUAUACGAUGGAGAAGAAAGAAGGAGAGAAAGCAUGAAGAUACGGAGACGAUAACAUUUUCUUCUCUCCCAGAAACGUUAACAAUAGGUGAUAAAAGACAUGAAGAGAAGGAAAUGCGUGGAGUCGGAAACCCAGGCUUAGAAUUAAAAACUGAAGGGGGAGUGCUAACGACGAAUACUAAAAUAGACAUAUCCGUCGCGGAUUUUGAUAAAGCAAUAGUUAUUUUGUCUGAAAAUCAGAAUGCCAAGUUUAAAGAAGAAUACAUGACAAUUCCAAGAGGAGAACUACACCCAUGUAAUGAAGGAAAGAAACAGGAAAACGCUGCCAAAAAUCGAUACACCACGAUUUUCCCAUAUGACCAUUCACGUGUUGUUCUGGAAACAUCGCCAAAAGAGUCAGACUACAUGAACGCGAAUUAUAUUGAGGAUGUGCAAGGAAAGAAAUCGUAUAUUGCAACGCAAGGACCAACAUCAAAGACAGUUGUUGAUUUCUGGAAAAUGGUCUGGCAGGAAGACAUUAGUGUAAUUGUUUGUCUGACAAAUCUCAAAGAAGGAAAUAAGAACAAAUGUGCCCAAUACUGGCCAAAUUCCAGUGACAAGAUAAAGAAAGGCAACAUCAGCAUACGAAACCAAAAAGAAAACGUAUACGCGGACUACGUCAUCAGACACUUCCGCUUGCAAAACAGUACCGAUAAAGCUGAGCGUGACGUGUGUAUGUUCCACUAUACGCAAUGGCCGGACCACGGUGUCCCAGAACCGUUGGCUCUCGUGGUAUUCCAUCGACACGUUCUGAAAACUUCUGUCGAACAGCCAGGGAAGUACACUCUCGUCCACUGCAGCGCAGGGAUUGGUAGGACUGGGACGUACAUAGCAUUGGACGCGCUUAAUAAAGGAGGGGAGAUAACUGGGAAAGUAAAUGUGCAGCAGUAUGUAGAAGCUAUGAGAAACAGCCGUGCUAACAUGAUCCAGGGUGACGAUCAAUACAGAGUUGUUUACUUGUCAUUACUUGAAUCAUUCCGAGGAAAAGGAAGGUCUGUAUCAACCAGGACAUUUCUACGAGAAUUCCAGGAUCAUUCCUGUUAUAUCAAUCUCGGAGAAGUAGCCAAUAAAUCACCACUUUCUGCUGAAUUUCAGGCCCUGUUGUCCAGAAGACGAGAAUACACACAAGAAGACUACCAAACAGGGCGUCAAAACGUAUCGUCCAAUUACACAGCCAGUGUUCUGCCUGUUGAAAGUUACAUGUGUCCAUUAUCAAACACUAAAGGGAAGAACACCUACUACAACGCAGUUUCUUUACAGUCUUUCACAAGAAAUGACCAUUUCAUCAGUGCUCAAUAUCCUCUCCCAGAUUACACAGAGGACUUCCUGAGACUUGUGAAGGCUUAUUAUGCACCUACAAUUGUAUCCCUGAGCCCUUUGGUGGAAAUCGAAUCGUCUUCACUUUGGCUUCCUGCUAAAAAUGAAAGCAAAACGGUUGGAGCAUUCACGACUAAAUUGACAGAUUGUACACAAACAACCACAGUCACCAAGACUAGCAUUACUUUACACCAAAAGGGAGCUAGUGGCAUGCGCGUUUGCGUACUGGAAUGUAGAAGAUGGAAAGGAGAAAGCGACUCCUCAAACCGAAGAGUUUUACUUGAUCUCAUCAACGAAGCAAGGGUGGAGGAAAUGACCCACCCCGAGGGAAGGAUUCUGGUUCUGUCGAGUGAUGGGGCCAAGCGAUGUGGACAAUUCUUGGUUGUAUUCAAUGCUCUGGAACAACUUACCAUGGAUACAGAUGUGGACAUAUUUACAAUCACAAGACAACUCCAAAUCCGACGGCCAGAGUUCAUAUCUUCUUUGGAAGAAUAUCAAUUUUGUUACGAGUCCAUUGCUGAUCAUCUCCAAAAUGACACAGUGUACGCGAAUUGCUGAGGACCAAAGAGACUGUGACAUUAAACGCAAUGAAUUACAUCAACCACCAUCCCUCCUAUAUAAUAACAAUGGAAACACAUUGAAGAAUUUUUUCAUUCACUGGAGACCAGUGUUAUAUAUGUAGUGGUAUUAUUAACUCACCCACACUUCACUUAUUGUAUUUGCUUGUUUCUUAUUAACUAUUCUUCCGCUUCUUGUUCUUCUGCCUUAAAAUGUCCGCAGCCGUUGUCCGUAACCAGUAGAUGAAAGUAUUAGAAAUUCAAGGAUGUGAUAAGCAAUAUAUCUAGUUGUGUAGAAAUGUUUUUGUUUUCAGAUUAAAUGGGGUUAAAUUAUAUUUUGGGGGUGGGUCCAACAUAGAACUAUGUGUGGAAAAAUUAGUUCCAAAAUUCAACAGAUAUAACGUUUUUUUUUCAGUUUUAACAACAUUUAUUCAGGUAUAUAGUCAGGCUUUUACACAACCCUUACAACCCAACCUGACCAGGGGGUACAGGGUUUUAAGAAUUGCAACUCUUUCGCUCACACAUUCACACGGACAGACAUUCAUACUAAACGAAGGCUAGAAGUACAGAAAAUAGAAAAAAAUGACAAUGUACUCUGGCUGAGUUCAUAAAUAUCAUACUAUAAUAAUUAACAAUAAGAUAUAUGAUGUAAUACCAAGGUUGUUAUUUAAAAAAUACUACUUUAAACACACUAUUGAUUGAAUAUACAUUUACCUCACCUCUUACGAAGAAAUAGAAAAAAAUAUAACAAAUGUAUAUAAUACUAAAAAAGAAGCAUUCUAGGAUAUUUUUGUUUUAACAUAGUUUCCGUUAUACUUGAGCUAAUGUUUCACAUAAUUUCUAUUUCUUUUCAAACUGAUCUGUAUAAUUAUAUUUAAUUGCAAUUUGUUUUUCUACUCUGUAUACAUUAGUCCAAGUGGCUUUAAAUUUACUCAAUGACAAACAAUAUCCUGUUCAUUUGGUUAAGUAUAUAUAAUGUUUCAAAUGAUAAUUUACAAAGUUUACCAUUUUUAUUUUCGAACAUCCAAGGAUAAAAGUUUUCUUAUCAGUUAUAAUAUCGAAUGAAAAGGUUUCAGUAAACCAACAUUGCACAUUUCUUUUAAAAAUGCUGACUUUUCCACAACCAUACAUAAUGUGUUCCAAUGAUUCUUUCUCCUCUAAACAAAAAGUACAUAAAUCGUUGUCUGAUUUCCCAAUCAUUUUCAAAAACGUGUUUGUAGUUAAAAUUCUAUGAUUUACUCGAUAUUGUAGCCAUUGUAAUUUACUAUCUUUUGUGUUCAUAAAAACACCCUUAUGAAUUCCUCUCCAUUCUUCACUAGAUAUUUCAAAUUGUUUAUCCCAUUUUUUGGUCCAGUUGGUUUUUCUUUGCUAGAAUCAAAUAUUUUGUAAAUUUUUCUAUUGUUGGUUUUAUCAUCUAGUAAAGGUAAAAUGUGUAAGGGAAUAGUUGGUUCUUGUUCGUUAAUCAGAUGAUCAACAUUAAAAUCUUUCAUAAUUUUUUUACUGCUUGUUUUACUCCAAAAAAAUAGUUUUGAUAUCAAACAUUGUUUUGAAUUGAGCAUAAGUCAUUAUAUUUCCUUCCUCAUACAGAAACGAAUUUGCUAAGUAAAUAUUGCUUUUAAUCCAUUCCUUCAAAGACAUUGAUUUUUUAUCUACUCUAAGUUUUUCAUUGUACCAGAGAACAGUUCUACCCAUUUUUUCUUGUGUCAAUGCAUUUUCAAAACAGUUCUCCAGUUUUUCCCCCAAGAAUUAAAAACAUAUCGCCAAUUUUUAUUUUUUUUUUUAUUUUUCAAUAUUCUUUAAUGCAUAUGUUGGGUCAUAUCUAAUGACCUGACUAAUAUUGAUAUCUUCGCCUAUGACAAAUUGCCAUUUUGCUGAACUCUCCAGCAAUUUUUUAACCCAAGAUAUUUUUAUACUUGCAAUAAAAUUUUCUAUAUUUAU